AGUACGUCACAGUAGCUACAGAUGCUCGCGCUGCUGAUUCUCAGAGUUUAACGUGAAGUUUCAAACUUUGAUCUUUAGCUAAAUUCACAGAGGAAGAGGAGGAGGAAGAGGAGGAGGGGGAGGAAGAAGAGGAAGAGGAAGAGGAGGAAAGAAUAGAACCAGCAGCAGCAGGAGGAGGACUGGGUUUUAUUUUUUUAUUUUUUAAACACCGCCCCCCUCUGCCUCUGUGGUGCGUUUGUUUGUGUGUCGGCGAGUCCCGGCGGUGUAACCGGAGAGGGGCCUGACGGAGGGAAUGCAGGACGGCAAUGGAGCACAAUGUAAUCCAGUGGUUGGGUGCUCCCUCCUGCCAGCGAGGCAGCUACGCCUUCUACAAGUCGGUGAGCAGCAGGGCUCAGCCCGACGGGCCCGUCCUGGUGUGGAGGCUCGGGGAGUUCUACCUGAUCCGCUGUGGCCCUCAGGAUCCCGUGUGCAUCGCUGAGGUGACCCUACUGUGGGAAGACCAGACCCGGAGCCACCCGCUGGCCAGCACCAGACUCUACUUCCUGCCUGAGGACACGCCGAAGGGCCGGACCAGGGAGCACGGAGAGGAUGAGGUGUUGGCCGUGUCCAGGAAGAUGGUGCUGCGGGUGGAGGACCUGGUGAAAUGGUCGUGUGCGGAGCCGGCCGGUUGGAUUAGCAGUUCAAAGCCGCCGCCGCCCUGUGGGACCAACGGCCUCCACAAACCUCCACAGAGCAGCGACGGCAACGGCAACACUUUACUGGUCAAGAGCAUCGAGCCGCUCAAAGGAAAACCUGAGAACGUCCUGUUGGACCGUCAGAGCAUCAAAGUGCUCAGCUACCCGCAGUACUGCCGCUUCCGCUCGCUGCAGAGGCGUAUCCAGGAUGGAGCGAGGGGGCCGGGGCUGCAGGACCCCCACCUGUUGGCCCUGGGCAGUGUCAGGGCGCUGCCCGGCGUCCGGCUGAUGUUCUGCAGGGACACGUUCAGCCACCCGACCCUGGAGGGCAGCGCCAGCUUCUCCUGGCAGUUCAGAUGUCCGUCUCUCAGUCUUCGAGGUCGACCUCGUAAGAGGAGAGGUCGCGACGGCAGCGUCUCCCCGAACUCCAGCCACUCAGAGUCGUGGCUUGAGAGGAUGAAGGAGAACGUGAUGGGCAGCGUGGAGGUCGGCUGUGAGGGCGACUGGCUCCCUCACCCCGAGGAGCAGCUCUUCCUGGAUCAGCUCUUCGCCUUCAUGGAGCGUCACGGCUCGCCCGUCCACAAAGUCCCCAACCUCGGCUUCAAGAAGAUCGACCUCUUCCUCAUGUACUCUGUGGUCAAACGGCUCGGAGGUUACAAAAAGGUGACGAUGGACAGACUCUGGAAAAUUGUGUAUAAUGAGUUGGGAGGAUGCCCUGGGAGCACCAGCGCCGCCACGUGCACCAGAAGACACUACGAGAGGUUGAUGCUUCCUUAUGAAGAGCAUCUCAGAGUAGGAGGAUCUGAAUUUAAAAUCCCAGAAUCCCCCACUCCUCCCAAACCCCGAGGGAUCAGAGGAAGGAAACCACUUCAGAGAGGAAGAAAACCAGGACCCAAAGCAAAGGAGAAGAUCACAACCUCCACUUCUCCUCUUCCGCCAACUGUUCCUCUUCCUCGCCUUCCUCUUCCUCGUCUUCCUCCUCUUGCUCAGACUAACCUGAACCCGAAUGGCUCCUUGGUGGUGAAGAGAGGCCGCGGCCGACCGAAGGGAACACGCAACAAGGCCACGCUGAUGGCUCAGGCCAAGCUGCUGGCUCUGCAGCAACCCAAACCCAAAGCAACAGCAGAGACUCUGCUGCUUCAGGCCAAAGGCAGAGAUGGACCGACCCUCAGCAGCACACACCGGACGUCCAUCCUCCCCAUCAACAUGCCCCUCACCCCCGACCUCUCCCCCAUGUCGGCCCCCUUCCUCCACAUCCAGCCCAAACCAAAGGAGCUGAACUCGGACAGAGGAGAGUCCACGGCUCCUGCUCCCACUGUCCUCCUCGCCACUCUUCCUCGCCACUUUGUCGGAGGAUCGCUGGGCGGCUUCAGCCCCAUCAAGGGGGUGUGUCCUCUGGACAUCUUCAGGAACCGCAUCAGCCUCCAGAGGACCCCGGAGAGCCCGGCGCUGACGCCUCAGGACCCGGCCCAGCACCAUCCCACCAUCUUCACCCUGCAGCCCAAAAGUGGAAGCCCGGACACGCCCCAUCCCAGCGGGGACCAGCCUCAGCCGCACCCUGGCCACCAGCACCACAACCGCUGCUCGGGGUGUAACGUGGACGACGGGGCCCAGAGGGGGGGCAGCCGGGACGCCAGGAGCCGGCCCCAGCUGCCUCCUCUCCGGGUCCUGCCUCUAAACCUGGACUGCAGCGUUCAGGUGUGUCAGCUGAUGAGGACUCGCCGUCUGGACUCGUCACAGCUGCAGACCUUCACCCGCCGACUGUCCGAGGCUCUGUCCCAGGACCUGAGUGCCAAGCCCCCCCUCUCUCCCAUCACCCCUCCCCCCGAGCAGGCGCUGCCCCUCAACCUCAGCAAGCGUUUCCCGGUCAAGAGACCCAGUACGGAGGGACCGGAGGCGUUCCGAGCGGCAAGCAAUGGAGACACGGACCAAACGUUGUCCAAGAGGCCGAGGGCCAGCUGCACGGAGCAGGCUGAGGACGCCACGGGCGGGAGGUCCAGCUCUGCAGGAGGAGGAGACACAGAUGAGGAGACAAAGAACCAGGAGGAACCUGCAGACCUGAGCUCGCCGAGCAGGAUCAGGGCCUUCCUGCUCGGGCUGCCUCCCUUCCAGGUGAAACUGGAGGAGGAUCUGAACGGGACAAUGUUCGGGAAAUUUCUUCCUCCGGGAUCCAACAGCGAAACCCAGCGGACUGAGACGGAGAAACUGGAGGGAGGAGUGGUGGUAAAGAAAGACGUGAAGAAGGAGGAGGAGACGGUGGUCGACCUGGAGCGACACGAAACGGAGAGAAACAACAAACAGACAUCUGAGCAGGAGGAGAAAGGCCCCGCCCACUGCUCGGGCCCCGCGGAGCUGAUGAGGGCGGGGCCCUCAAACGCUAACACACACUGUUUCUAGCAUCGCUUGCUCUGUGGAAAUAUCAAACAGGAAACUCGCACACAGGUCGGAGAUUUACUUGUUCUUGGAAUCUGGGCUGUCGUUCUCACCGCCGCGGUUUCGGUGUUGGAAGCCGACGUUGACUCGUGUCGAUGCCCGAGCGCGCAGAGCGAGGACGUUUUACGAGAGCGUCUGGACUCAACUUCUUUGUUUCCCUUUUCCUCUCCGGUUUUUCUCUGUGGUUUCUUUGAUUGAACUUUGCAGAGGAAAUUCAUGACAAUCACAAAUCAGCUUCUCCUCCUCUGUUCGUUUCCGUCACGGAGAAAAGAAAAGAGCGAGAGAGGAGAGAGAGCGACUCUUUAACAAACACUGCCAUAACACGACUCUCCAUGACACUAACUCCACUGUUCAAUGUUAGGGUGAAAUAUUGAAUAAGAUCCAUGAUACUUAAAAUUAAAGUCAAUAUUGCAUAUAUGGGUGAUGCUAUGCAUCAAGACGUCAUAAUGAGCAUCUAGAGUGUACUGUAGUUCGCUAGUUUCAUUUUUAAAUUGUACUCUACUUAUGUAGAGAGAUAGUUAUUUUCUGAUAAAGUGUUUGGACAAGGAGCUCGUCGUCUUCACGUUAUAACUCGUUCAGUGAAGCGUUUAUAGUCCUGCUCCUUGUUUCAAACGAUAUAAACCUUUCUUACACACACGUGCCUUAAAACGACCAGCGACCGAUUCGCUCGCCGGCGUCACUCUCAUCCACUUAAAGUGAUACCUUGAUGUCUUCACUCGUCAGCGUGGCUGCACAUCGUCUGAGAAACAUCUACCUGUUUCAAACCAAUCACAGACGCUCGUCAGUAAAAACCUCCAAUUUAAUCUCAAACUCUCCAAUCAGAACAUUUCCUGAUCUCCUGAUCUCAGUAUCUGAACUCGAACUUCUCGAGGUUCGAUACCCGGCCCUGUCAGCAUCGCGUGGACCACUGCGUCCACCGUGGCGUCAGCACAGUCGUCGUCUCACAUCGUUACCGGUUGUUAUGGAGAUCGCACAUGAACAUGUAGCCCAACAUUCAGACUACCUCAGGUUCUUCAAGAGGAAGAUGGUUCCACCAGCGUCGUCUGCGUCAGGGGGCGGAGCCUGGGCUGUAAACACAGUCAGACAUGGUGUUAAAAGAGAAGGGGGUGUUGUUGUCAACAUUUAAAUUCUCUGCUCCGUGACGCGAUCACGCGUUUGCUCCUGAAGAUGUAAAAUGUAAUAUUCAAAGUUUUAUCUUAACGUUUGUAAAUCAAAGGAGAGAAAUGGCGGCUGAGACUGUUUUCAGUGGCGGAUUGAUCCACAUCUGGUUUCGUAACAGGACAGUUUGCUGAGGAUCCUGACUCCACUUCCUCCUGGCAGCCACCAGGGGGUGGACAAUCGGAUUUGAACAUGUAAUUUGUUGACGAUAGAAAAAAAUGUAGAAAACGUGUGAAUUGUUCUCUAACGUUUGAUCUGGAUUCGUAACGUUCGAUCACGUCGUUUGUAUUAUUACGAUCUUUUCACCAUUCAGACCUCUGUGUCAUCAGUUUCACCGUCAUAGUCUCGGGUGAAGGGAAACUACGCUGCUACGCCACGUAUGCUACUUUUUUAGACUGUACCAGGCUAACGGUUUCCCCCUGUUUCCACUCUUUGUGCUAAGCUAAGCUAAUGCGGCUGAGAUCCGAUUAUUCCAUCUGAUGUUCACGUGAGUUUAUGCAACAUUCAGAUACAGAUUGUUUGUCUAUGUCGGGUGAAACUGAAGAAUCAAACCUGCAGCUUCUCUCCACUUUAAAUGACACGUUCCUCACGUUAUCAGCUGACCCACCUUCCUCAUUCCGUGCCAACACAAACGCGUCGACCCGCUGAAAGAACUCGAACGUCAAGGUAUCUCUUUACUCGCAGCCUUUCCCUUCGACUCGUCUGUUUUCCCGCCGCAGACGACGGUUCAGAUUUGCACACCUACUGUACCCGUUCGCUUCAUUUGGUAUUUUUACAUAUUUAUAUCUGCCAUGUUCGUUUUUUUUGUUUAUUUCCUUCUUGCCAAUGUUUUAUUUGACCAGAGUAGUGGAAUCGACCACGACACCGAAAGCGACUGGUGCUGUUUAUUCUUAGUUAUGUAGCUGUCGCCAUAUUGUUGUUUAUGUUUUUGUUUUGUUGACGAAGCUGCAAACAGUUUUCACGACAGCGAGUCAAUAAAUCUACUCAAACUUGUCUGAGCAGAUUUAUUUUUUGUUUCGAGUUCAAACAAAUGAUUUUAAAGAAUUUAAUUAAAAUGACGUCGCAACUUGUUAUGAAAAUAUUUUCCGUUUUUAGUUUUGUUCGUCUGAGGGAACGAUUAGAGACGUAGAUUAAAACAGAACCGAUUCACCAAAGUACCAAAACAACCAGGAAAACAAACACUGACGUCUCCGAGGUCCGUUAACGUCACAAUAAUGAUUCCGUUAAUUUAAGACAAGUCACUUUCCGUGGUUACGUUUGUUUUUUCUCUGCAAAUAAAGUUGGACGACGCGUCUGUGCAGCCUCAGCUGUCAAUCACGACAUCUCAGCCUGUUCUUAUAUCAUCAUUCAAACCAAACUGAUCAGAAACACAAACAUCAGAGAGAUAAGAACGACCUGAAAUGACAAACAUCUUUACAAACAUUUAUUUAAUUUGGUCCAUGUCUCAUCUGCUAACAUGGAGGAGGUUUAUGACCUAUACUGCAGCCAGCCACCAGGGGGCGAUCCAGAUCAUUUGGCUCCUCUUUAGAGAAGCUGUCAUGUCGUCCAUCUUUAUCUACAGAAAAUGUGACAAACUCUUAAAACCUUAAACACGUUAACGUUCGAUCAAAGUCUUUGUUUUCUUCGUCCUGUUUCCUGCGUCGUCUGAAAUCGUUUCGUUACAAACCAGCGUGUUUAGAGCUUUUCUGAAUGUUCGCACCCGAACCGACGCCAUCUUAACGAGGAGGAGGCGGCUAAAUGUAUCGAGAGUUAAAUGAUUUGAACAAGCGUCGUCUUGUUUUCACGACGUUAAGUGUUGAACCUUCUUCAACUUCACAGGAAGUGUGUGAUUCUGUUGUUGAGCUCUUUUCUCUUUUCACCGUUCGGACCAAUGAGAAUUUGAAGAGCUAGUGACGCCCCCAGCCUUCAAACAGCUGUAAACAUGUAGGAACCAUUUCGUUGGUUCACUCUGAAGCUUCAGUCAAACCUCAGCUCCUGAUUCUCCUCAACCAUAAAUCCAUUUUAUUUUUAUUUUCAUGCAUGUGUCUUUAUGUUAGCGACGUUGUGUCUUUAUGCUAAUGUCGUUGUGUCUUUAAUGUUACGACGUUGUGUCUUUAUUUUAACGAUUUCAUGUCUUUUAACGACGUUCGGUCGUUGUCGGGUGAAAGCGCAGCGGCGUCAUUUAACGGGGGCGGGGGUGUAGAGUAGAGAUGUUAAACCAGUGCGACGAGAGACGAUACUUUUCUGUCUCUUCUUGUUUCUGGUUAUUUAAGCUUUAGUUUUUCAAGUUUUCUUUAGUUUAAAAUGUUUUUGUUCAAAUUUAAACGUUUACAUUUGUUAUGCAUGUUGGACACAUUUGUUCUCUCCAGUGUUUUGCACACGACUUCAGUCCUGAACGGCGCCGCUCGUCUGUGUGAAGACUUUGAAUCAAGUGCCUGAUCUUUAAACGUCACAGUUACAUUUGCUGGUUCGCCUUCGUGCCACCUUGACUUGAACAGCGCCCCCUGCUGUUGCACCUGCGUUGGACUGAAAGCGUGACGGCAGAUUUCAGCAGGACGGAGCAAACUGGACCUAAAGGACUUGAGAACUUAGCGAGCGAGUGGCCAGCGUUCGUUGGUGUGAUGUCAGUGUUUGACAUCCAAAAAGAGAAAUGAUCAAAUAAGAAAGAGGCCACAUGCGACAUUUUAACAGCUGUGAACGGUGAAAGUUACAUUUUACAUGUCGAGCUUCUGUUUGUGUUGAGAAGCGAAUCUGGAUCAUUUUAUUUCAGAAAAUAUAAAAAUAACAGCUUCAGUUUCUGUACAAACGAUUAGAAUAGUUCUGAUGUUUGUGAUUCUGUUGAUCAGUCGGAGUCAAACGAUUAGUUUCAUUGAAUCUUAGGAAGUUUUUUUCUUUAAACUUCUGAGCAGCCAUCCAAAGAUUUUCAGUUAAAAUCAUAAAUAUAGAGAAAUUCACUUUAGUCCUACAUCUGAAUUUAGUAAAUUUAACUCAGUGUGUUAAAUUUAACAAAUUGAAAAUACUGUGGAUAAAUCUUCUGUGUAUCUCAGCUUUGUUAUCUGAAUAAUUCAGGAUUGUUUUCAGGAUUUAAAAUGAAUUUAUUCACAUUUUUGUAUAAAAGAAUUUAGAUUUUCUGUCACUUUACUGAUCAAUAACUAAUAAUUUCAGCUCUAAAUGUCGCAGGGUUGAAUUUAAAAGACUUUUAUUUUAUCAACCAGUUGAGGCAGAUUUAAAGCUCAAUGACAAAUCUCUCUUAAGACAUAAAUCUUCUUUGAAGGCAGCAGAGGUGGUUUGUGGGAAAUGUAGUCUCCGUUAGCAGAGCGCGUCUCCGGGACGUUCAGAUGUUAAAAUGUUCCACGUGGCUCUUUUACGAACUGUUGGAUGUUAAGAAUCGAUGAAUGUCUCCGUCACAUCUUCCUGUGAUCUGCUUUGAUCUCAGCAUCAUUGCCUCUCAUGUGUUCGUCUUUUUUCUCCAUGAAACAAAAAACUCAGAUCAACGUUUGGACGCAGUCGGAGCGAAAGAGACGAACUCUUCCUGGACUCAAGGUUUAACUUCGUGUUGAUCGACGCUCUGUUCGUGCGUCUGUGUGAUUUGAUUGGUUCACGUCUGCAGCACAAACUCAAGUUCCACUGUUUGUAAAAGAGAUGAACGGCUGCAGUGUCAGGUACCAUUCCAUUUUAACACUGUAUAUUUAUAAUAAAAGUUAUCUGGUUAUAAAUAA